UGGCUAGCUGCGGAGCAUCUCGGCCCGGCCGGCCGGGCGCUACAAUCAGCCCGCGGGCCGCCCGGCGCCCUGCUCCGCCUGGCCCCGAUCCCUGCGCCCCGCCGCCCGGCCAGCCCUGGGGCCAAGGGGCCGGAGGCCAGGGGGAUGGCCGCAGCGGGCUCUGCUCAGGUGGCGUUCGAGGACGUGGCGGUCUAUUUCUCCCCGGAGGAGUGGGCGGCGUUAGCGGAAUGGCAGAGGGAGCUGUACCGGGACGUGAUGAGGGACAACUACGAGCUGGUCACGUCGCUGGGGUGGCCUGCUGUCAAACCAGAGAUCAUAUGUAAAAUUGAGCAAGAAGAGGAGCCAUGUGUUGGAGAUCCUCCGCCUCCCAGAGAGUGGGGGACCCCCCAAAGCUUCUGGCCAGAUGAUGGAAUCAGGAUUAAAAAGGAGGAGCAGGAGGAAGACACAGAGACCCCGGGACCACCCAGUGUGUUCUCAGGAAAGUUGGAGGAAGGGAGCAGCCCACCGCAGUGUGUGAAGAAGAGCGGCCUGGCUCGAAGCAAAUCCCGCCGGAAGCUGCGAAGCCAGGUGGCGACUGCUCAGGACAAAGCCCCGCGGGCUCCUCCCCAAAAAGCCUCGCUAAAGAAGAUUCCCCCGACGUGUCCAGAGUGCGACAAAAGCUUCAAGAGUAACACGGCCCUGACCAUCCACGAAAGGAGUCACACGGGGGAGCGGCCCUUUAAAUGCCCUGAGUGCAGGAAGGGUUUCCCAUCCAAGGGGGACCUGAAGAGACAUCUGAAAACCCAUGUGGGAAAGAAGGAUGCUGCCCCCGAGAGAGGGAGGAGCCUUCCUGGGAAGCUGCAGCUCCUCAGGCACCAGAGAAGCCCUCAGGCACCCAAGAGGCCGUACACGUGCGCUCAGUGCGGGAAGAGCUUCAACAAGAGCAGAGACCUCAAAAAGCACCAGCGCACCCACACGGCAGAGAGGCCGUUCCUGUGCCUGCAGUGCGGGAGCAGCUUCCGGCUCAAGCAGAUCCUCGUGUCCCACCAGAAAGUGCACAGGGGAGUGAAGCCGUUCCAGUGCUCGGACUGCGGGAAGAACUUCAGCCAGAAGCACCAUCUCUUGAGCCACCAGCGUACCCACACCGGGGAGAAGCCCUUCUCCUGUGCUCAGUGUGGACACAGGUUCAGCCAGAAGCACCAUCUGAUCAGCCACCAGCGCAUCCACACGGGGGAGCGGCCUUUUGCCUGCCCCGAGUGCGGGAAGAGCUUCAAGGACAAGAAAACUCUCAUCAUCCAUGAGCGGAUCCAUACAGGCGAGAGGCCCUACAGGUGCAACGAGUGCGGGAAGACCUGCAGCCAGAAGCAGCACCUGAAAAGCCACCAGAGGGUGCACAGGGGCAAGAGGCCCCGUGGCAAAGGGGAGGAAGGCCUGGAGGAUGACGUGGGUUUCUGCCGCCAGAAGGUCCUGGCAGAGGAGAAGCCGUAUCAAUGUGCAGAAUGCGAGAAACGGUUCCGGGACGAGCGGAUAAUGCUGGCACACCAGAGAACUCACACUGAGCAAGCGCUGCCGAAGAGCACCAGGACAGGUGCCAGUCGGAGCCCACAGGCCCUGGUCCAGCAAACGCCCUUCACUGGUACCCUGCAGUGCAGGGCAAACGUUAGCCAGAAGCCACCUCUUAGAGCCCGCCAGGGAACCCCGGCUGGAAAGAGACCUUUUGUGUGCAAUGAGUGUGGGAAGAGGUUCAUGCAGCGCAAACGCCUUGUGCUACAUCAGAGGAGGAGAAGGGGGAUGCCCGGGUCCCCCCGCGCGGCUCCCGGGAGAGCCGGAGACCUCCGCGCCCGAGCUCCGGGGGCUCCCCGCUGCCCGCCCCGCCCUGCGCCGCGCAGCGCAUCCUGCGCCCGCCCCGCGCCCAGCCUCGGGCGCGCAGCCACUGGAGCCCGGAGCUCGGCGAGCUUCGUCCCGAGGCGCCUGCCCGGCCGAGCCCGGGGGACGAUGCCCGGCGGGGGCCGGGCGCAGGUGCCGGUGUCGUUCGAGGACGUGGCAGUCUAUUUCUCCCCGGAGGAGUGGGCGGAGUUAGCAGAAUGGCAGAGGGAGCUGUACCGGGAUGUGAUGAAGGAGAAUUACGAGCUCAUCGCCUCCUUGGGUAAAGAGACACUUUUCCUCAUGUUACCGAGAGGGUGUCCGGGUGCCAAACCAGAGAUCAUCUCUCAGAUGGAGCGCGGGGAGGAGCCGUGUGUGCGGGAGCCCCAGGGCUGGAGAGAGAGGAGACCCCAGAGCCCCCACUCAGGUGUUGGCAUCACCAUUAAAAAGGAGGAGCCGGAAGAGGGAUGUGUUGGUCAGGAAGAUCCCGAAGCCCUGGCAACGCGGAGGACUGUGUCCGGACUCCAGCUCUUGGAACUAAAGAGCUGCGAGAGCAAAAGCGGGUCCCGCCCGAAGCCGAGAACCCAGGCCGGAGACCCUCAGGGGAGACGAACCGGGAGGGUGGCAGAGAGGCCUCAUGCGUGCCCGGACUGUGAGAAGAGCUUCAAGGACAGGACGGCUCUGAUAAUCCACCAGCGGAUCCACACGGGCGAGAAGCCCUUUGCCUGCGCCGAGUGCGGGAAGCGCUUCACGCAGAAGCAGCACCUCACCACCCACCAGCGCACCCACACCGGGGAGCACCCCUUCUUCUGCGCCCAGUGCGGCAGCAGCUUCCGGCUGAGGAAAGUCUUCCUGACCCACCAGCGGGUCCACGCCGGGGAGCUGCCCUUCACCUGCGCCGAGUGCGGGAAGAUCUUCAACCACAAGCACCACCUGAUCACGCACCGCCGCACCCACACGGGCGAGCGCCCCUUCCCCUGCGCCCAGUGCGGCAAGCGCUUCACCCAGAAGCACCAUCUGCUGAGCCACCAGCGCAGCCACACGGGCAAGCGGCCCUUCUCCUGCGCCCAGUGCGGGAAGAGCUUCAAGGACAAGACGCCGCUGAGCAUCCACCAGCUCGUGCACACCGGGGAGAAGCCGUUCUCCUGCGAGGCUUGCGGGAAGAUCUUCAGCCACAAGCACCACCUGGUGAUCCACCGGAGAACCCACACCGGCGAGAAGCCCUUCACCUGCGCCGAGUGCGGCAAGCGCUUCACGCAGAAGCACCAUCUCGUCAGCCACCAGCGCAUCCACACCGGGGAGCGCCCCUUCGCCUGCUCCCACUGCGGGAGGAGCUUCAAGGACAAGAUCACCCUGAAGCUGCACGUCAGGCUGCACACCGGGGAGCGGCCCUUCGCCUGUGCCGAGUGCGGGGAGAGCUUCCGCCUGAGGAAGGUGCUGCUCACCCACCAGCGGGUGCACACAGGGCAGGCCCCGCUGAUCUGCACCGAGUGCGGCAAGACCUUCAAUCAUAUGCAGCGCAUGGCCAUGCACCAGACAAGCCACCACGCCCGGCAGGGGCCGUUCCGGAGAGCUCAGCGCGGGGAGAGCUGCUCGGGGAGACCACAGCUCCUACUGCCCCAGCAGGGCCAACCCGCUGACCGCUCGGCGCACGCAGCGACCUUCCAGCCGCCAGCACCCGGUGGCUCCCCCUGUGCAACAGGCAGAGUAAGUCCUGGGCCUGACGAAACACCACCUGCACAAUUACACACGGAGCCGGCCCCGCGGGAUCGCUCAGAAGAAACCAUCUGACUGCCGGGAGCAGGGAAAGCGUCACUCACGUGCGCAGUCCGAACCCCCCUGGUCCUGUGCGAUGGGAGUCGUUAAUCCAGCAGCGCCCUCAGCAGCACGGCGCCCAGGGCCGGCUCCAGGCACCAGCAUUCCAAGCUGGGGCUUGGGGCGGCAUUCUGCAAGGGGCGGCUGCCCCUGUUGUUUUGCCCCCAAGCAGCUCGCCGAAUU